CUGUAUUCGUCGAGAAAUAAACGAACGUACACCGGCUCUUCAAACGUCACGAAUUCUACAAACUUUAGUCUACAAUUUACAACUGUCUCCGAUUUUAACACGCUCGAUGUCUUUUAUUUAAAAUAUUUUGGAUUAUUUAUUAUUCGACAGGGGAUAAUCGAAACAAUGAUUUGCAAACGAGUAGUGGUGGUGGAAGACCGGCGGAUAGAGAAGCCUUACUUGGGAGGAUGGCGGCACAAGGCUACCAAGUUGGAAUACUUGAACGCCGAGUCGCAGACCGGACCUCGGAAAAUGCCGUUCAAGGACACUUGCAGCAAGAUGACGCAAUACAUCACGGUGACGGACGUGGAGACGCAAACGCCGUGCCAUCACCCGACGCAAAUGUGGCGACCGGACUGCUUCGUAUCGAGCGAGACAGACGAGUACGUCACGUCGAAGCCCUACGAAACGUACGAGGAGAUGAUGGCGCGAUUGGAUCACGACGGAAAGGCCCGAAUUAUCCAGAGGAACUGGCGGAUUUACUUGCUGAUGAAAUACAUCAAAGAGUAUGCGAGACGGUACAGAGAGCUGCUGGAGAACUGUAGAUUGUACGACGAAGAAAGGGACAUGGCGUACAAAAACAGACAUCGACGAGAGAUCCUUCGGAGGACCAACCCGAGGACUCGUCUGGAUUUCGACAUGCUGUACGAUUUGGUGGAGCAGUGGCGACGCGAUCGCAUCGAUUGCGCGAAGAAACGUUUCUUCAAGGCAGCGAGAUGCGCGGACGGUUACUUGACGGUCGACAAGACGGUGGAGAUGUUGAACGCGAUCGAUCAGAAAAGGGUGUCCGUAAGAGCGGACUACAGGGCCCGGAAGCGAGUCAAGUUUCUGACGGUCAACUGCGAGUCCGUUCGUUGGAUCGGCUACAAAGGAAAGCAGACGGAAAUGGUCACCGCGAGGAACCAGAGAGCACGCGAGCUAAAAGCGAUCUACGAUUCUCUGACCAACUACUUGGUCACUUGCGGAAAGCGAACGGAGAUCCUGACGAUGCUAAGAAAAUCGCUGGAGCUGCACAACUGUGUCUCUGCUUUCAAUUUGUUUCGGCUGGUGGAACAAGAGUUAGACUAUCUGGCGAGAGGAAUGGCGACCGAGAUGGCCUUGGACUAUCACAGAGAACGGAUAGUCCUCGCUUAUCUGCACUUUAUACGAGCUUCGCAUUCGUGCUGCUGCGUGAACGACGACGAAGAUUUCUGCAAGGACGUGGACGACGAAAAGCUGCGGGAACCCAUAGAGCCGAAGACGAGACUGUGCAAGAGCUGUUGCAAGCUUCAUCCCUGUCGCAAGUUCACGGUCCACGGGAGGAUGACGAAGCUUUCCACUUGCAUCGGGUGCACCUGGUUGCGUGAGCGCAACAUCGCGCACGUGAAUUACGAGCCUUAUGUGUUCCUUCUGAACUGCGUUCGUUCCGAAGAGAAGGAGAGAGAAUCUCCGUCCGCGAUCGCGUUCAUGAUGCAAAAUCACGACAUGUACCAUCUGGUGAACAACAUUUGGCACGGCCGAUCGGCGGUCAGCGAGAACCGCGACCUGUUUCUGCUGAAGAUGGUCAGGUAUAACGUAGGAGAGCCAUGGUCGCCGUGGAACUGCAUUCUUUUAACCUCGGAAGAGGCGGAGAUUCAUAACAGGAUCGAGGAUCUAUCGACCGUGUACUCGAGGCUGCUGAUCGAGAAGAUCGCGAUAAACCAUCAACAGGGCAGGAAUCAAUUCAGGCACUUGAUGAAACACGAGUGCAAGUACCGAGGGACCUUCCACGAGAUUGAAGACAAGCCAGAGUACAAGCCGGCGAUCAAAGUGAAGGAUUAUAAUUUCAUGUGAGAGACGCGACUCUAGCCCGGGAAAAUCGGGGCCAAACAUUCCUGCAAGUCUUUUUUCCUCGGGCAAAGUAUAUUUGUUUUACAAUAAAGCCGCGCGGCUGAAAGGCAACCCGUUCGCUCUA